UAAAACCCUUUCCCCGUGCUUCUCGCCGGAAGGAAAAAGACCGGGAACUCAAGUCUGGGUUUCUCCGAUUCCGAUUGAAUAAGAAAUGGAGCUCAAUUUGUCGUCUAGGGUUUUGCCCAACAACAGAAUCACCAUUCUCGGCCUCGUUCCCUCCAGAAACCCCCUGAACUUUGUAAACGCUUCGUAUAAACCGCUUCCGAGAAUUUCUCCUGGGGUUUUUCCUGUAAAUUCCCUCAAGCUCUCGACUUCGAGAAAGGCGAAAGCAAUGGCAAUGGAGGGCUUCUCAGACUUGGAGCUUUCGAACUUGACGGCUUUAUCGCCUUUGGAUGGACGUUAUUGGGGGAAAGUUAAGGAAUUGGCCUCUUGUAUGAGCGAGUUUGGUUUGAUCUAUUUCCGGGUUCUCGUCGAGAUCAAAUGGUUGCUUAAGCUAUCACAAAUCCCUGAGGUACCUGAAGUUCCAAGCUUUAGCAGUGAAGCUCAAACGUAUUUGCAAGGAAUCAUCGAUGGAUUUAGCAUGAAUGAUGCCUGGGAAGUGAAAAAGAUCGAGAAAGUAACAAAUCAUGAUGUCAAAGCUGUGGAAUACUUCUUGAAACAAAAAUGCCAAUCUCAUCCCGAGAUUGCAAAGGUUCUUGAAUUUUUCCAUUUCGCUUGCACGUCUGAGGACAUCAACAACCUUUCCCAUGCAUUGAUGCUGAAAGAAGCGGUUAAUUCGGUGUUGAUUCCGGUUAUGGAUCAGCUCAUCUUGGCAAUCUCUCAGAUGGCUAAGGAUAAUGCACAUAUUCCCAUGCUUUCACGAACUCAUGGACAGCCAGCUUCGCCUACAACUUUGGGGAAGGAAAUGGCGAUAUUUGCUGUGAGGUUAAGUGAAGAAAGGCGAUAUCUUUCUGAAAUUAAGCUUAAGGGGAAAUUUGCCGGUGCUGUCGGGAAUUACAAUGCGCAUAUUUCUGCUUAUCCUGAUAUCGACUGGCCUCGUGUUUCAGAAGAGUUUGUUGCUUCUCUCGGACUGACAUUUAACCCAUAUGUUACUCAGAUUGAACCUCAUGACUAUAUGGCAAGGCUGUUCAAUACAAUCAGCCAGUUCAACAAUAUAUUGACUGAUUUUGACAGAGAUAUAUGGAGCUACAUAUCUCUGGGGUAUUUUAAGCAGAUAACGAAAGCAGGCGAGAUAGGGUCAUCGACAAUGCCUCACAAAGUGAACCCGAUAGAUUUCGAGAACAGUGAAGGGAAUCUCGGGAAAGCAAAUGCAGAGCUUUCUUAUCUCAGCAUGAAGCUUCCGAUUUCACGCAUGCAGAGAGACUUGACUGAUUCAACCGUCCUGAGAAAUAUGGGCGGAGCUUUAGGCCACUCUCUUCUUGCUUACAAGAGCGCGAUACAAGGAAUUGCAAAGCUUCAGGUAAACGAAGCUCGGUUAGCAGAAGACUUGGACCAUACUUGGGAAGUUCUUGCUGAACCGAUACAAACUGUGAUGAGGAGAUAUGGAGUACCGGAGCCGUACGAGAAGCUGAAGGAACUGACGAGGGGAAGAGCAGUGACAGAAGAGAGAAUAAGAGAGUUCAUAAAAGGGUUGGAUUUGCCGGAAGAAGCCAAAGGCCAGCUUUUGAAGCUAACUCCUCACGCCUAUGUGGGUGCUGCUUCUGCUCUAGCCAUGGCCGUCGACCAAGCUCUCCACUUUGGCAACUAAUAAUGGCCAUCACCAGUUCUUGCGGGAGAGCCGUUGAAUUUUGAUUCCCCCCCUCCCCCUUUUUUUUAACUGAAAGAAUAAUGAAUUAUGCAUCUUAAGCCUCAGAGCAAAGUGAACCAGGCAUUCUGGAUUGUGCUUUC